UUGACUUUAAAUCUACCUCGCAGUAUUUAAACAACCUUAACAAGCGACUUCCUCUGUGUGAACAAAACUACCUCUCAGGUUGCAAUACGUGUAGAGAAAGCUUUUUCAGCAUCUGAAAUAUGGGUGACGAAGAUGUUGCAGCGUUAGUUAUUGACAAUGGAUCUGGAAUGUGUAAAGCUGGAUUUGCCGGAGACGAUGCUCCCAGGGCUGUGUUUCCCUCCAUCGUGGGACGCCCUCGGCAUCAGGGGGUUAUGGUCGGCAUGGGACAGAAGGACAGCUAUGUAGGAGACGAGGCCCAGAGUAAGAGAGGUAUCCUCACCCUCAAAUACCCCAUUGAACACGGUAUCGUCACAAACUGGGACGACAUGGAGAAGAUCUGGCAUCACACCUUCUACAAUGAACUUCGUGUGGCCCCAGAGGAACACCCCGUCCUUUUAACUGAAGCCCCACUCAACCCAAAGGCCAACAGAGAAAAGAUGACGCAGAUAAUGUUUGAAACCUUUAAUUCUCCUGCCAUGUACGUUGCUAUCCAGGCUGUUCUCUCCCUGUAUGCUUCUGGUCGUACAACUGGAAUUGUGCUCGACUCUGGAGACGGUGUCUCCCACACAGUACCUAUUUAUGAAGGUUACGCCCUUCCCCACGCCAUUAUAAGAUUGGAUCUUGCUGGGCGUGAUCUGACCGAUUAUCUCAUGAAAAUCCUAACAGAACGUGGUUACUCUUUCACAACCACAGCCGAAAGAGAAAUCGUAAGAGACAUUAAAGAGAAAUUGUGCUAUGUUGCUUUGGACUUUGAACAGGAAAUGCAAACAGCUGCGUCAUCAUCAUCUUUGGAAAAGAGUUACGAACUUCCCGACGGCCAGGUCAUCACGAUUGGAAAUGAGCGAUUCAGGUGCCCUGAAGCCAUGUUCCAACCUUCUUUCCUUGGAAUGGAAGCUGCUGGUCUUCAUGAAACGACAUACAACAGCAUCAUGAAAUGUGAUGUUGAUAUCCGUAAGGACUUGUACGCAAAUACAGUGUUAUCUGGUGGAUCAACAAUGUACCCAGGUAUUGCUGACCGCAUGCAAAAAGAAAUAACAUCAUUAGCUCCACCAACAAUGAAGAUAAAGAUCAUUGCUCCACCAGAGAGGAAAUACUCCGUCUGGAUCGGUGGUUCUAUCCUUGCUUCCCUCUCCACUUUCCAACAGAUGUGGAUCAGUAAGCAGGAAUAUGACGAAUCCGGCCCUUCUAUUGUUCAUAGAAAAUGCUUUUAAUAUUUUGUUAUAUUCUAACAAUGUUUUACUUGCUCAUUAUAUUUUGCAAAUAAAGAACAUACAGUAUAUACAAUGUUUCAUUUUUUUAUAAAAUUUAUAUAAAUAACCGGUAUAUGUUUUAUUUUAUCCUUCCCAUAUACUUAUGCAGCUUGUUACUGAUAUACGUUAAUAAAAAUACUAAAUCAAGAAA